AUGGUAAAUAUCCGUAGACAUGACUUUCAUAGUCAAUACGCUAAUUAUUUAUACGGUUGCGGAACGCUUUGCAGUCGGCCAUAUUUGUUUCCAAAAACUUUUGUUGAUCUUCAACAACAACACUGGGACCCAAUUGUGAAGUGGGCUGAAAAACAUUACGACAUAAAAAUAGAAUUGAGCGAGACAGAUUUUCGUCAUUUGCAGUUGACGGAAGCGAAGGAUAAGUUUCGAGGAAUAGUGAAUGCAUUUGAUGGGCUUAAGCUGUCUGCAUUUGAACGGGCAACAAUCCUAUCAAAUUCAUUCCUGAUUGCGCUCGGUCUAGUGGAAAAGCGUCUGGGUGUCGAAGAGGCUGUAUCGGCUUCCUUGACUGAAACCAAUGCUUGGAUCAUGACUUGGGGAAACGUUGAAUUGGCGUCUGAUUCAGAUCAAGACCAAUUACGGCAGCAAUUGCAAUCCGUUUAUUUGUUGGUAGAUGGAGAUGAUGAGUAG